AAGAGAGCAUAUCGAUUUACAGGGUUUAUUUUGAGUCAGUCACCGAACACAAUUGUUCGUAAGAUGGAGUCAAUUCUCUCCAUGAUUUCUAAUUUCCUAAGCCUCGGAAAUAUUCUCCUUUUGUUGCUUCUACUGUUCAUUUUACAUUACCUGAUGAUCCUCUACGAAUUCAGAAACAUGCCUCCGGGUCCUCGCUUCACGUCUCUACCCAUAUUAGGAAACGUCCUUUCUCUCGACCUCAAGGCGAAGAAACUUAACGAUGCUUUUCAAAGGUAAAAUAUUUGUGGUCUUUUUUUUUUCGUCGAUGAUUUCUUGAAACAGACCGCCAAGCUUGAGGAUUUAGAAUUUCCACUUACUACAUCACAUUUACUGCCGCCCUUUUAUGUUUAGUUUUUUUAUAUCGUCAUGAAGACACAGUGAGCUCUACAUUCACCGAUGUUAGCGGCUGUUUUAUUAGUAGUUUUUAAAAGUGUGUAAAGAACAGCGAACUCUACUGUACAUUCGCCGAUCAUGAAAUAUUAUUACGUUACAUGUCAUUGAAUAAAGCAUAAAGCAUGUUUGUCCAUCUUCGCAGAGUCUGUACAAAGACUUAUUUCUUUCUGUUUAAUGCAACACACGCCUUUUGGAGGUCUAAAUUUCGGAUUAGGAUAAAGAGGAACUGUCCGACGAAAACAGGAACCUUGAGAACUCGUACACAAGUUCAUCUCAUAGCCUCAUUGGCAAGAGGGUAAAUAAGCGGCGAAGCUUUGAGAUCGCAAAGCUUCAACGGGAGCUUCAAAUGACAACUUGAGAGAAAUAGAGUACUAAGGCAAGUUACUUACUACUUCAAGGUUUGAUGACUUAGCAUCCUAGAGCCUACAUUUGUUCUGAAUGUGGCCCGGAGUUUUUGCUUUUGCUUUUAUCAGUAUCAUUAAAUUUGUGCGUGAUCGAGUGUUACAGUAUGUCUCUCCAGAUUGCUGUGUCUCCGCCUAUUCAAAAAGCACGAUUGAUGUUAGUUUCGAUAAACUUUGAAAGUUCACAGCUAGCUUUAACAUGCAUACCUUUUUAUUGUGGUGUAAACUAAAACCCUUACGAAACUUACGAAACCUGUACGAAACAUUUAAUCCCUCUGUUGCAGCGCUGCAGAAUGACUUCAAGAACCGCUGUAAAUGAGCUGUAAAAUGGCUAGGCAGCGGCAGUUGCAAAUUUGAGCUGUUGAGCGCUGUCAUGGAAAGCGUUUUGACAGUGGUGAACAGCGCCGUUGCGGCGGUACAGAACUUUCCCGAAUCACGAUCUAGGCUGCAAUAUGGCUGCAGAGAUGCUUCGAAAAGAGAAACAAUGUUUAUUACCGGUCAUGGCAUAGCACUCGUUAGUUAAGAGAAAGUAAUGCAAAUCAAUUUCCAUUGUAAAUAAGAGAAAAAAUUUAAAAUGGCAAAACAGGCUUUUAUUGUCAUUAUGACUGUAAAAACUUCACUAUAUUAAAAGAGACAUCGCAAAUAUAAUACACGGUCUUCUAAAACACCAUAACCAACUAAUAAAAAUACUAUAGAAAAAUUGACAAGGUUCAAAAACUGUAGAAAAACUAACAAGGUAUAGCAGCAGAACAGCUUUUAACAACAGAAAGUCAAAAUGUAGUUGCUUUUUACAUAUGGUUUGUUAUCCAGGCGUUGCAAACGCGCAAGGUACAAUAAAGAUAACGAUAAAUAAAUCUGCAACCCGUCAUCGAGCAACAGUCUGGCCUUGUAAAUAUUCUACAGCCACAGUCAUUCAUCUAAAUGUCAGAACAGCUAUACAAAGCAUGCAGACAUUGUUUUUCAAAGAAUAUUACACUGCCAUCAUGUUCUGUAUCAGAACAGUUCAUACCAACGACAGUUGGGAAAGUGAUAGCUUAAAUUGACCUUAACCGCUCAAAACACGUAAACUUGACAUUGCUCACUUCUCCCACAAUCCAUGAUCUUCUACAUUUUCUUACGAAAGAAAUCAACCCAUAAUUUGUUCGGAGUUCGUUAACAUUUUCCCAGUGAAUUAAAUAACGUUGCUAUGUACAUUGGCAAAGAAUCUUGUGAAAUUCUUAUAUCUCACCGUAGUAUCUGUCCGGUAUCUGUCGCUUGCUCUGGCUCGCUUGGUCGACGCAUAGCGUAGUAGUCUCUGUACAAUGCAUUGUUAUACCAAUACUUUUUAACUGUUCGAUCAACAAACAUCAGCAGAACUCCUAUCUAGCCACAGAACUGGAUACAGAAAACUUAUGUUUCGGCCUUUCAUUUUACGGUCGCGAAUGUUUUUCUAGAGAUAAAUCUAGUGCAAUCUAAUGAAAAAGUGCCGUCCGUUCAAUUUAAAGGUUUAUUUUAAGUGAUCUUCUACAUGAACAGGCUGCAUCACAUUUCUUAGAGGUACUAUCAAAGUGUUCUCGUUACAAGAGCCGUUUACAUCAGAGGUAAAACUAGCUUUUCUAGCGAUUCAUAUUGUGCUCGAGAAGGCUGUGGCCGGACGAUCAGAUCAAACGUGUGUCGACCAUAAUUUAUGAUCAUCUCUGUUAACCUGAAUUCAAAUUUGACCUUUAACAUAAUUAAUGCGUCUUAUUCCUCACGGGUAGUGACAGAGAGUCUUCAAGGUAUUUCUUUUGCGUUGAUCUUCCAGAAGGAUCCGUAGGGGAUACCAGUGUGUUUUUUCAACAAAUGUAAAAUUUGGAAAAAAAAAAAGAAUUAUCUUACAUCUAAGUGUUUCAAUUUUUUUUUCAGUCUCAAAGGAAAUUAUGGCCGCGUAUUCUCUAUGAAAGUUGGAAGUUACAAGUUCGUUAUGGCUUCAACUCCUGAUGCUGUUAAAGAGGUGCUCGUAAAGAAGUCUGCUGAUUAUGCUGGGAGACAACAAGAACACGCUACAUUGCAAGCAUCCCUUGGUAGGUUAUUGUAAUUUUGCGCGAUUUAUCUUCUAUGUACCAAUUCAGUACGUACAGAAACUCAUAAAGGGUUGAAACGUGUAAGUCUCAUAUGUUUGCUUUGUCCGAUGCUCGUGAUUAUUCAUUUUCGAAAGUACCAUAUUUGGAACGAGAAGAAGAGAUAACUGACCAAUCAAAUUUCCUAAACAACGUGACGUAAUUUUACUUCAGGUUCCCGCGGCCGCUUAAAAAAAUGGCCUACAAAGAGGGGAAAAACUCCCGAAAGCCGAGAAAGCUCUCAAAGGUUGAAACCAGGAAUCUUACCGAAACACUGAGCAGGAUAUUAUUGCCUUGCCACCCGGGCCAAACGUAACAUUAUGAAACCCAUUGACGUCCUCGCAACUUCUUGAAGUUGUCACUUCAAAAAACGAUGCCUCGUUGACCCUCUGCACAGUAAACUUAUAAUGCAAAUAGGCUUUUAAAAUUCUUAUAUUAAAAGUCUAGAAUAAACAGUAAAAAAUAUUUUCGAAAAAAAUCAUUAGCUGUUUAUCGAAAAGUGUCCAAAACCUGAACCUGACAUCGUUGCAAAAAGUGAUGCGUGUAAUGAAUGUGAGAUGCAUUUAAGCUUAAAUUCAGCUUGGAUGUUGUAGUCACCAUCGUGUUUUGAGCUAAUUUUAUUAAUGAACAAACUCAAAACAAUAGACAGAGAAGCCGUUUCUUGAAAAUUUUUUAUUAAAAAUCGAAAUUUAAUCCUUUAAAGCAAUUCGGAAAACACAAAAUCCAUCUCAAAUCGGGGCACAUUUUGUAAUUUUCCUUUAGCGCCGAAGAGAAAAAUUUAUAAAAUGUCUAUGAAACAUUUAAAAAUACAUAAAUUCCCUUCCAAAAACGUAAUUUUCUUGGCCAUAGAGUGCAAAAUGUACCCGAAAAUUCAGCAAAAACUUCACUGCCUUGGUUGCAUUUCAAAGCAGACCAGCGCUCCGUCGUGAGGGAAACAAGGUCGAAUUCCUCGAAGAACGAUUUCUUGAUGAAAAGCUUCCCUUUCUGCACAAAAAGAAAGCUGAGCAUUCUUUUGGACUUUCUCUUUCCUUUUUUUGUCUUUUAACGGUGUAUUUUUAACCCCGAAAUGCAGAACUCUUGUCUUAAAACAUCUGCAUGGUGAUCGCGCGGCAGCCAUUUUGUUGAAAAUGGAUAUCUGUCACUAAGGUUUCCAAAUAUGGUAAAAAAGAAUAUUCACGAGCAUUGAACACGAGUUACACGUUUCAACUCCUUAUGAGUUUCUGGUACGUUUCAGUUUGUUGUUGUAACACUAUACACAUAAUGUCAAGUCCCGAGGGAAGCAGUUUUGUUCUCCCUUGACUCCCGUUAUUUCGUCGAGGGAAAACAAAACUAACUACUUUCCGAGGGACCCAAAAUAAACUGUUCUGUGUGUCGAAUUCCCGGAGCGAAUGGGUUAAAAUAGAUAAAGGGUUUCGUUUAUCGUUUGUCUCAAGAUUGUCACCUAGAUCUUAAUCGCGACGUUUCGACCGCGUACUGUAGGUCUCCAUUAGGCGUGUGCAUGUAGUGUCGAUAUACUGAGUAGGAUUGUUUGUACCACCAUGGUUGUUAGUGAUUGGUGUGUCAUGAACCUCGCUUAUUGUUGGUGGAUUUCGAUCCAAAACAUUGUCAGCAUCACUAGAGGGGAAACUGUUCCCUCAGCAGUCCGCUGCGGUAGCAAUCGGCUGCUAUUUUGUCUGAUCGCAGCAUCCACUCUUCAGGAAUCUCAAUUCCAGUGUCCCUAUUGAUGUUGUUAGGGUGAGGCCUUAUGUGAAUAACCUCGUUAACUCUGCGAGAGUACCAUUGAUGCUCUCGGUCAAUAAACUUAACCCUUCCUAGAGCCGAUAAUGCCAGGUCUUAUGGGCGUGUUCAGAAACGGCUGAAGUUUGUAUUCGUGAAAGGCGUAUAUCCCUAUCGUGCUCCUUAAUCAUGCAUGCACCUUCCCGUUUUGCCAAUGUAUACUUUUCUGGUGUUUUCACCUCUUGUUUUCCUCAAGCGGCUGCCAUUAAAACACGGAUAAACUCAACUUUACUAGGAAUAUUACAAUACAUUACAAAAGCAAGAAAAAAUAGAAAAACAAAUUACAUAAAUCAUAAAAGGUGAAAUGUGAACAGUGAGCAAAGUAGCCUAGGCUUUCGAGUUAGUCACUGCCCUCUGCAACCAACUGGCGUAGAUACCGCCAUCAUUAUAGCGGAGCUCCCGCGCGCGAAGCGCGCGUGGCGGAGCCCCAUUGCUAAAAUAAAUUGGUAACCUAUGAAAGCAAGAAUAUUUGGUUAUGACGUAGCAUACGAACGCCGACUGUCUGUAUGCCAACUUCAUGUAAGCUAAUGCCAAAUGUUAGGUUAUUUUGGCGGGAAAGCGUAUGGUCGCCCGCGUCUUGUGAAGCAGAGACAACUUAAGAGUCAAUAAAGACGAAAACGGAAAGCGGAAAUUGUUUCUGCAUCCUGUUGUCUAAAGUAGUAAGUUAAGAUUAAUUGUCAUGUCCACAAAUUUGGAAAACAGAGAAAGAGAAAGACAGAGAAAAAGAGAAAGUGAGGCGACAGGCCAGCGAAGCUGAACGAGAAAAAGAGCUAGAGCGAGAUAGAAAAAACAAAGGUGACAUUUUUUGUUGGAGGAUCAACAUUAAAUUUUGUAGCGGCGGUGAGAAAAUGAGAAAUGCUAGCGGCCACCUGGGUGAAAAUGAGCGACGGUGGCAAAAAAGUGAACAACAACAUGGACGACAUUUCCUCCAUAAAACGUGUAACCAGGAAGCUUCUGGAAGUUUUACGUUCUGGUCGUGCAAAACAACGGCAAAGAAAUGUACAACAAAGUGUGCUGCAUGUGCAAAGUUGUUUUUUUUGCUAAUUAGACCUAUUUUUGGUUUUUGACCGUUCUCGUUGCCUUCGCCGUUGGCGUUACACGAUUUUACAUUCUGUUUGAGCAAACUAUAAAUAUUAAAGGGAGCUUCGCUUUUAGCCCUGGCUAAAUCUAUGUAUUUAGCAUUUGAAGACUGCGCUUGAUACAUGGUAGUUCGUAUGAGGAGAUGCACUGAACUACUGUUCUAGAGCGUUCUUCUCUCAAGUAACCUUGAAUAUUUUUUAGAGGUACUUGUAUUAAGUCACUGUCCAUGUUCCUCCAUAUCCUUACAGCUUCUGUAUUCACGGGAGCGAAUCCACAAAAUUCAGAAAGGGCGGGGACACUUGGCAGAUAUAUAUAUAUGUAUAGAUACUAUCCAAUCUCAUACUUAACACUGUCAACCGUUUGCUAAGGAUAAUUCAUCUCUCCAGCAACAACCGUUGGUAAUUAGCCCUGAAAGCUUAGUAUUGCAAAAAUAACUGAGUAAGUAUGACGAGUCAUAGCGGUUUUUAUUCACAUCACGUCUUUUUUUACUUUUUAGUGAUGUAUGGAUGCUAGGAAAAAGGACACGACUGUUGAUUACACUAUUUUUGAAUUUCAGGAGGUAAAGAUAUUAUUUUUGGUAACUAUGGACCUGCCUGGAAGCUUCAUCGCAAGCUCUUUACAACAGCUCUUCGCCAGUACCUCUCCGACAUCCCUCUGAUUGAAAGGCGCGUUAAUACACAAGCCGAAAAACUGGUUCUCUUCAUGGAGGAACACAAAGGACAACCCUUUGAUCCUGCAGAUUGCUUAAUGCGUGCUGUGGCCGAUGUCAUUUGUGGCAUCACCUUUGGAGAAGGUUACGACACAAGCAAUCCGGAUUUGAACAAGCUUUUGAAACUAAACUCAGACUUGAUGGCAAAUGUUGCUGAUGCGCAACUGGCGAGAAUGUUAGAUUUUUUCCCCUUGGCAAAGUACUUACCCAUUAAGGCUUACGAUAGUUUUCUGGGCCCCUUUCCUAAAAUACAUAGCAUAAUUCGCAAAUUUCUAAAUGAACGGAAAAAGACUUUUGAUCCAGUGCAACCUGUAAAAGAUUUGAUCGCAGGUCUCCUUCACGCCAAACUUGAGGCUGAGGGUGAGAGCAAUGAGGAUAGAACCGCCUUCCUCACUGAUGACUACUUUACCAACACGAUUGAAGAUAUGUUUUCGGCAGGCUAUGAAACCACAAGCACAACAAUGAAAUGGGUGCUAGCACUCUUGGUCAACUAUCCACAGUACCAAGAAGCCAUUCAGCGACAGUUAGAUGGAGUAAUUGGUGACCAGACUCCUUCUUUGGAACACCGGUCUCGUCUGCCCCUCAUCCAAGCGACCAUUAUGGAAACCUUACGAGUUGGAAACGUGGUACCACUUGCAGUUCCUCAUCUCACCCUCACAGAUACAACCAUCUGUGGAUACAGAGUUCCUAGAGAUACCAUAGUCUUUGUUGAUACAGAAUCCGUUCAUUUGGAUCCCAAAUGCUGGGAAGAUCCCACCUUAUUUAACCCUUACCGGCACAUUGACCAAGACGGACAGUUGAUCACCAAUCAAGGUAAUUUCUUCCCUUUUGGAGCUGGACGCCGGGUUUGUGCUGGGGAACCUCUGGCGAAGGUUGAGCUGUUUUUGUUCCUGUCGUGGAUGCUUCAGAAGUUCACUUUCCUUGCUGAAGAAGAUGGUAGUCUCCCAAAGUUGGAGGGAAUUUUCAACCUCACUCAAUUUCCAGUUCCCUACAAGAUACGCGCCAUCAAAAGAAAAUGA